AUGGAUCAGGCCGUGCGCGACCUCGUCGUCACGCCCUUUGGCGAGAUCGUGGCCAAGGCCAAGGUCGCGGCGGGCAACGUCGCCGAGGCCGGAGACGACGCGCCGCCGCAGAUGGGGAAGGCGGCGCAGAGCCUGCAGAGAGAGGGCGAGCGCGCGCUCAAGAAGAUCGAGCCGCUGUGCGUCAAGCACCUCGCCGAGUACGGGGCGAGCUUCCUCGACGAGCUGAGGGCCAACGGCGAGAUCGCACACUUUCGAAACGAGCUCAACGACCUGCUCUGGGAGUUUGACGACUACGUCGAGACGGACGACUUUGACGCCGACAAGUUUGCCGAGCUGCAGGCGCUGUCGCGCAAGGCGGCGCCCAAGAUUGUCGACAUCCUCAUGUGCAUGAAGCUGCAGCCCGCGCCGAAGCCGGAGCAGCAACAGCCACAGCAGCAGCAGGCGCCGGUCAUCGUGGCGGCGCCCAGCUCCUUACCGCAGAAGGAGGACGAAGGGGUCUCGCUGGCGCCUGUCAUCAGCACCGAGGACGAAAGCGAUGCGAAGAAGCCAGCAGGGAAGUCAGAUCCCCGCCGCGAGAUCAAGCUGGUCAUGGGCGCCAGAUCCGGACCCGACCUAGGUCUGAACGGCGACGCCAACGAGGCGCAGAACAUGGCGGUGACCCCCAGGACGCCGCACGCCGAGGCCGCGCCGGGCGCAGAGGUCGCCGUCGUCGAGGCUAUCGAGACGGCCGCACCGCGCGAGGGCCUGCCCGAGGCGCCUGAUGUCGACCCCUGGUCGAUCGGCCCGGCUCCGGCCGUGGGGAGUCCCGACAGUGACGACGGCGACAUGACCCGCCGGGAGGCUGUCACGUCACGGCCGGACUCGCCUACGAUACCCUACGCCGUAGCCGUCUCGCCCACAGCCAAUGACUUCAAGAAGCGCUUCGAGCCCAAUGCUCCGCUCCCUGCCCUUCCGGCGCCGUCGAACCGGAGCGUCCGCGAGGGCGCAGCUACUAACGGCAGGCCGCCGACUUCUUCGGGGACUAACGGUAUCAACAGCACUUACGUCGUCUCGCCACUUCUACGUGCCAAGGAUGCCCGGUCGCCCACUUCGCCGAGCGGGUAUUCCGCGCCGCCGAGCUACAACGACCUGGUGCACCAGUCCUCGUGGCCGCUCAACGGCGGACAUGGCCAGCACCAGCAUCCUGCACACCAACACCAACAACAGCAGCAGCAACAUUACAACGGCGCCGCGGUAGCCAGCAUGCUGCCCAGCGGCAAGCAGCACCAGCACCAGCGCCGCUCCGGCGAGCACGUCCUGCCGUCCGACUCGUCGUCGCGCUACUCGCAGGCUAGCAGCUCGGCCGCCGAGUCGCGGGGCAGCUCCGUCUUUGACCACCAGGAGCAGCGGCACACCAUGUCGUCCGCGACGGCGAGCCCCGUCAUGCCCGCGGCGCGGACGUCGAGCCUGCCCGGCUACGCCGGCGGCGGUGCCAACGGCGGCGGGCAGGCGGCGGGGAGCCCGCGCCUGCGCAUGUCGGCCUCCUUUGGCCGGUUCCCCGAGUACAGCAUGCCGUCCCCUGCCCUCCGGCCGCACUACGAGGAGGAAGCCGAAGGAGACGGGGACGGGGUCGAGGUCGUGACGCUGUCGCCGCUGCGGAACGGGGCGGACUUGGAGCCCGUGCCGACGAACGGGAUCGAGGUCGACUCCGGGCUGAUUCCUGUGCCGCCGCAGCCGGCGGGAGGGGAGGGCGGCGGAGGGGCGGAGGGCGGCGAUGCGCCGCCGCCGUCGGAUGUGCCGAUCCGGGAGGCGGAUACGAAUAUCACGCUUGAGAGCUCGUUCUUCCUGAUGAGGGGGUUCUGCGUGGGCGCGCGGGAGUGUCAGAGGGGUGGGAUGGGGGUGAAGCAGACGAGGAAAUUGGGCUUCGGUGGAGGGUCGGCGGUAGCGGCCAAGUGUAAGCACUGCUCGUAUGAGCUCGAGUGGAAGCAGGUUGAGGCGGAUAAGCUGGGAUAUGGUGAGGCCUUCAUUCCCCUGAAAAGGCUGCGCAAGCCAGACAGACAUCUAACCCAUCAUCCCGCAGAGACCGCAAACUACGUCUCCCAGGACAUCGGCUUCCGGCUGCGUAUCCUCUCCAAGUGCCACCUGCGCUCCAAGAACAUGGAGGACCAGAACUACGGCUGCCCCUUCUGCCUGCAGCAGGGCCGGACCAACGAGGAGAGCGACCCGACCGUCUUCUUCUCGCAGAAGGAGCUCUUUGCCCACUUCGCGCGGCACCCGCGGCCGCUGCCGGCCGUGCCCUACCUGACCGUCAUCGAGGAGGCCGAGAUCCCGGAUCAGUACCGCAACGACUACGACCUGCACUUCACGAAGCGGCAGCCCGUGCGCUCGGUCAUGGAGGGCCUGGGCAGGGAGCUGUCGAUGCUGCCCACGGCGACGGCGGUCGAGACGGUCCGCCGGUCGACGACGGGCGGCGGCGGCAGCAGCAGCAGCAGCAAGAUCCCGCCGGACCGGCACACGCCGCUGCAGUUCGCCGUGGGCGCGCGGAUCGUCGGCGUCGAGUUCCCGGCCAAGUACCACGGCGAGUGGGCCGUCGGGUGGGCGGACAACGUGCGGGCGCCGUUCCCGGCCGACGCGGUCAAGCUCGACGAGCCGCCGGCGCUGAGGGCGGCGGCGGGGGACAGCAACGCGACCGCAGCGGGGAGCAUCAAGGCGCUGCAGGGCGCCAGCUCGCUGUCCGCGGUCGUGCGGUGGAAGUUUGCGCACAAGGACCGGACGGCGGACUGGCUCAAGCUGGAGAAGGGGGACGUCAUUACGAACAUACAGUGGGCCUACCCGGGACACUGGUGCUGGGCGGGCACAAACUCCAAGGGCCGGUGGGGCAUCUUCCCGCAGUCGCACAUCGAGCCCAACUCCCUCAUGGACGGCGACCGGGGGAAGAAGAAGGGCGGCCGGGCCGGGGCCUCCGCCGUCGAUCACCGCGACGACGACGUGCGGAGCGUGUCGAGCUCGGAGCGCAAGGGGUCCGGGGCGGGCGGCAAGCUGCUGUCGCGCAUGUCGGUGCGGCGCACGGCCACGUCGAGCAGCCAGGAGACGGCGCACCCGCCGGCGCCUUCGUCGAGGCCGACUUUUAGCUAG